UCUUUUUAUUGAUAGAAGGGUUCAGUUCAUGUAAAUUAAUUAAAAUCCCCCACUAAAGAGUGGGUUCAAGAAUACAAACUUAACUGUUCCUGACAUCCCUCAGGAUGGCGUCGAGCCAAACUUGAACGUUAUAACGACAGCAGUAUACACUGCAAGCACGCGACACAAUGUUGUUGUAAAUUAUCUCACGUCCGCAGCUCUGUGGUCACACGAACGCUCCUAUUAUAACCAAUGGAGCUUUUCCGUCGCGUCGCUCCUCUGGCUCGCUCGCAGCGUAGACGGUGAAAGAGGAGAGGCGGAGUCCGUCUGAAUAUCAAGCGCAGCUCUGCUCCAGUGACGAGGAUAAACGCGUACCGUGGAUUCCCGCCACUCCGGCGGCUGCGCGUGGGCAUCAGUGAGAGAGUCCCAUAUAAAAGCUCCCGCAUCCUCCUGCCUCCGACACUCUCUGUUUGAAUGAUACAGUGUCUUCUCCUCCUCCUCCUCCUCCUCCUCCUGUGUUUUCUCGGAAACAUUUUCCUGCAGUAGAAAUUCAAAUAGUCGUCUAUGGUUCUGAGUCAAGCUUCCAAAAUGUCCCGGACCGAUGAGGUGCACCGUAUAACGGAGAAUGUCUAUAAGUCCAUCAUGGAGCAGUUCAACCCCUGCUUAAGGAAUUUUGUUGCCAUGGGGAAGACUUACGAGAAGGCCCUCUCCAGUGUGACAUUUGCAGCAAAAGGCUACUUCGACGCACUGGUGCGGAUGGGAGAGCUGGCCAGCGAGAGUCACGGCUCUAAGGAUCUUGAAGAGGCAGCAUGGGAUGUGCUUUUUCAGAUGGCGGAGGUUCACAGACAGAUCCAGAUGCAGCUAGAGGACAUGCUGAAAUCAUUCCACAAUGAACUUCUCACAGAACUGGAGAAAAAAGUGGAAUUGGAUGUUCGCUACUUAAAUGCAGCUCUGAAGAAAUACCAGAUGGAACACAAAAGUAAAGGUGAGAGUCUGGAGAAGUGCCAGGCCGAGCUGAAGAAGCUGCGCAGGAAGAGUCAAGGCAGCAAGAACCCCUCCAAAUACGGAGACAAGGAGAUGCAGUACGUCGAGACCAUCAGCAGCAAACAAAAUGAGCUGGAUAAAUACAUCUCUGAGAGCUACAAGAAUGCCCUGUCCGAAGAGAGACGGAGGUAUUGCUUCCUCGUUGACCGUCAGUGUGCAGCGGCCAAAACGAGCAACGCCUACCACACCAAGGGCAGAGACUUGCUGACGCAAAAGAUCCCUUUGUGGCAACAAGCGUGUGCCGACCCAAAUAAACUCCCAGAGCGGGCAAUGCUUCUAGCUCAGCAGAUGGGCUCAGGAGCCACGGGGACGCUGGGACCCAGUGUCCACCACACCUCUAAAUCUAGCCUGACCAUCUCAGACCCCAUCCCUGGGGCCAAGCCACUUCCUGUGCCACCUGAGCUGGCAGCUCUCAUGGGGAACCAACAGACAAGGAUGAUGGGAGUAGAGGGUGUUCCCAUUGUGAAUGGCUCAGGGGUCCAUGUGGGAGAAGACUACCAACGCUGGAUGGAGACCAGAGCCGCACAUGAGAAACCGGCCCACAGACAAGGUGGAGAGACCUUCUCCAACACCCUACCUGUCCGCAAGGUUGCACCUGUAAAGCCCAAGAAUACUUUGGCAGAGACACAGACCCUCCCCAGGUCUAGCUCGAUGGCAGCUGGGUUGGAGAGAAAUGGACGGACACGCGUUCAGGCCCUCUUCUCUCACGCCGCCGGGGACAACAGCACACUCCUCAGCUUUAUGGAAGGAGACAUCAUUACACUGUUGGUGCCUGAAGCCCGGGACGGCUGGCACUACGGCGAAAACGAGAAAAACAGAAUGAGAGGCUGGUUCCCGUUCUCCUAUACCCGUGUGAUUCCUGAGCCAGACAGCAAUAAACUCCACGUCAGUUUGCAGCAUACGAGGAGCAGCAGCACAGGAAAUCUUCUGGAGAGAGAGAUGGCGUUGCCGACACCUGAUUAUGGCAUGCCCACACGCUUCCUCACCCAGCAGCAGAGCACACCACACAGCCGACAGAGACCAUACAGCAUGGCAAUGCCAGGAUUCUCACAACAAGGGUUGGAGGAGUAUGAGUCGCGAUUCCAAACGAGUGCGGAGGGCAAAUUGAUUUCGACAGUGUGAGACACCACCUUCCCCUCCGUCCACACACACUCCCCUGUCAUCCCCCUUCACUCCACCCUCAGAGGAAGAGGAUCUAGAUCCACCCUUCCCACCUUCUAGUUCCCUUAUUUUAUCCCAGUUGGACGCAGCCUAACGGAACCGGAAUGCUGAGUAUUCCAUGUUGACCUUCCUCAUUAUACGCUCCCAUCAUGAGAAUGUUGAACUUUCUUCAGUAAACAUGUUGAAUUGUCUUUAUGUAUCUCUUGCCUGUCUUUCAUGCAUGUACUGUACAUGUCAACAAUGUAUAAAUGCAUUACAUUUUGCAUCCAGGGGUCCACGGAUUUAAAGGAAUAGUUUACAUGAAAAUUUAAAUUCUGUUGUUUACAUGAUUUUAUUAUGUUUUCUUUUAUGGAACACAAAAAGACAUAUUUAUGAAAUCGAAGAAGUAUUUUUUUUUCUCCUUGCAGUGAAAGUGAAUGGUAACCAGGUUUUCUUCUAGUUUUUUUGGUCAUUUUGGAGUUUGACAUCGACUGAUCCUCAUUCACUUUCACUUGAGGGAAGAGAACAGCUCAGAAAUAAUAAUUUAUUUUUUGUUUGUUUCUGUGGAAGAUAGAAAAGUUGUUUAGGUUUGGAACAACAUGAAGGCGAGUAAAUAUAUAUCUAUUUUUUUGUUGAACAAAAAAUCUUUAAUGAAAACCAGUGUGGUAAUAUGAUUAAAGUUAUUGUUUGUAACAAUUCCAGUGGGUUUAUCCAAGUAUAAACGACUGUUAAUAAUGAAACUCGGCUGAGAAAGACCAUAUUCUGUGUUGGUAAAUUUGCAUAAAAAAUAAU